UAAGGCUCAAUUCGAAAUCGUGUGGCUUUGUUCUUGUGCUUUCAAUUCGGAAUACAACAGCAGUAGAUAAAAUGUUUCGAGCGAAACUAUGGCGAGCCAUUUGCCUGGCGUAUUUAUAUUUUGGAUUAGCAUCAGCUGCCAAAGGCACACACAAGGUGCAUUGCUCGGAGGACCAGAUGCGUGUCGAGAUCGGCAUACCCACGGAUAGUAAGCAGGAGCAGCAACAGAUCUACUUGGAGGGUCUCAAGGGCUAUCCGGAUGUACGUUGUCAGCCUGAAAUAAAUGGUGCAUUGGCCAUUUUUCGUCUCUCCCUCAGCGAUUUCUACGAGUGCGGCGUGACGCGUAUGGUCAACCAACUAACGGGCAAAAAAGUCUAUUACCAUAAAAUCAUCAUUGAAUCCGUCAGCAGCAAAGAGUUCGUCAGUGUCAAAUGCAUAACGACCAGUGGCCCGGUUUAUAAUGUCAUGAUGAAUGAGACUAGCCGCGAGCAGCCACGCGUCGUACUCCAAGAGCAGCAACAGCAUCAUGGGCUCGUUCGCCGCGACGUUCUACCAGCGGGUUUUCAAGAACCAGAGGACUUGGAGAUUACCACUUCAUUAACGAAACGCGCACCGGAGCCUCGUCUAUCCAUUGGCGUGAGUCAGGAUGGGAAAAAGUUCACCAGCGAUUUGACUGUAAAGAGUGGCACACCUUUGACCAUGGAAAUCAAUUUGGAUGCGGACUCAGCACCUGUCUAUGGACUGGGUGUUAAUUACUUAGAUGUUACCGACACACACACCUCCUCAGAGACGCUCAUCUUCAAAGGAUGCACUGUGGAUCCGUAUCUGUUUGAGAACUUUAACACUAUUGAUGGUGACAUAUUGAGUGCCAAGUUCAAGGCCUUUAAGUUUCCCGACUCCUCAUAUGUACAGUUCCGUGCCACAGUUAAUGUGUGUCUGGACAAGUGCCUUGGUACGCAGUGUUCCAACAAUCAGGUGGGCUAUGGACGGCGCAAGCGUGAAAUAAGCUCGGCGCUUAUGGAUACCAAUAAGGUCUAUGAAAUUUCACUGGCUAUGUUCAUAAAAGUCAAUGACAUCGAGGGCGUUAAUAAGAAUGAGGUUCUGCAAUUGGAGGAGAAACUGCGGGAGCUAAAACUGGCCAAUCAGCGUCUGGCACGCAACAGUCGCGGAAACUUUGCCGAAGUGCACAGAAGUGGCGAACAGGCGCCCACGCCCAGCAGUGCGGAGCCUGCAUUUGUGGUCGAUGAGCGGGAGCUCGGACAGCUGUCCUCGGGCGGGGGCAGUGCUUCCAGAUACGGUGGCGCCAUGGGGGCGCUGCUAUGUGCAUUAAGUUGGAGUUUCUUUUUGUAAAUAGUCGUUGGCAAUUGUAAAUGUCGAGAGUGGAGCAGAUAAUAAUAAUCAGGUUAAAAUACCA